GUUUGGGUGACAUCAUAAAUUUACCAUCAACUAAAUUUGGACUUGGAUCUUCAUGGCGCCGCUACGAGGACAACUCGUGGGCACCAAGCGAUACGAAUGGACGACUCUACCUCGUGCCAUUGGAACCAGUCUGUCACGCUGCUCGAGUACCACCAACACCCUGUCCGUAGUCUCGGUGCCGCGGCACUGGCAAUCGUUUGCCUUUGUGCGCAACGCGUGUCGAGUGGAGUUUGAGGACGGGAGCGUUGCUCACGACAGCCACUUGGAAGAUCUUCAAAACGUCCGAGAAGUUGGCUUUCGUCAGUGCGACUUCAUCCAGUCGCCAAGCGCAUUAGCUCGAUGCCACACCCUCCGCUUCGUCUCGUGCGAUGCCCUCGCUGACGUCAGCUCCUUGACCCACGUCAAGCACUUGAACAUUGCCGGAUCUCGUGCCGCCACGAAUGCGCACAAGCUCACCGCCCUGGAAACCCUCGUCACCGGGAGUACAUUUUCGUCGUCACCACUGCCCGCUGUGUCACGUGGGCUCACAGCAUCUGCAGUGAACGUUCCUUGGGCAGCCAUGCCGUUGCUGUUGUUGGAACUCCAUUUGAAGCAAUGCCACACGCUGCCAUCCGCCGUCGCCUUCCAAGUGACCUCCGUGACCUUGUCCUCCUGCGAUCAACUCGAGUCCAUCGCGUGCUUUCGGUUGGCGUCGCAUCUCGAAAUCGUCCGCACCCGACUCCUCCACAUCGACGCGUUCGUCGGCUUUUCGCUCCUUCAGUCGAUUCGAUUGCAAGCGUCCACUUGCCUUCAACACGUGACUGCGCUGCAACACGUUCAUGACGUGUCGCUGUCGUUGUGUGUGAAUUUGCAAGAUAUUUCCCCCCUCGCCCAUGCCAACUCGGUGGAAAUCUCGUGCUGUCCUCAACUUCAAUCGGUAACUGCGUUGAGUUGGGUGCCCCACGUGUCGUUGAGUCGAUGCGCGGACCUCGUGGAUGUAUCUGGCCUAACCCACAACCACGUCGUCCGGGUAUCCGAAUGCUACCGUGUGACCCAAGUCAGCACGUUGCGUGAACGUUGUCACACAGUGGACAUCGCGCGGUGUUUUCGCAUCACCGACGCCGACCUCCUCGGCCAAGGGUCGAUGCACACGGUCACGUUGAGCGGGUGCAACUUAGGCCCGGACCAUCCAUCAACAUGGACGGACCACGCGACGUUGUGCUCCCUGGACCUUUCCAACAACUUGGACAUCGUCCAUGUCGCCAGUCUUGCACACCUGCACACAAUCCACCUCAACCGAACCAGCGUGCGAGUCGUGGCGCCACUCGCACACGUCCACACACUGAGUCUCUCGGGCUGCGAGCUGCUCGAAGACGUGUCGGCGCUUGGCGGCGUGCAUACGCUGGACUUGAGCUACUGCACAAGCGUUCGAGACGUCAGUGCCCUUGGCUUGGUGCACACGCUCAACCUCGCGGGAACGCUGGUGGACGUAGUGGCCGAUUUGAAAACCGUGUACGACCUCAACUUGAGCGGAUGCCCGUGCAUCUCGGACGAUCAAGUGAACCAGCUCGUGUUCAACCACACGUUGAGCUUGAUGGGGUGUGGUCAGCUCACGCGCGUCGACGGACUCGGGAAUGUGCACACGCUGAACCUGGCUAACUGCGUCGGGCUCACGGACGUGUCCAUGCUAGGUCACAUCCACACGUUGGACCUCACGGGUUGCGUCAACGUAGGACACAUUGUAACGGCAUAAUCCACUACGUGGCACGAUGUCGCUUCGAGACGUGGUUUCAUCCAAUCAAAUCGCGUCGUGGGGGCGUGUCGAGGGUUUGGACCAAUCAAAUCCCGUGGAGGACGCGACGUUGAAGUUCAAGUUGAAGGGCGUGCCACAAUAUGGUCCCACAGUCAGUCAGCACCACGUAAAAAAGCUUCCGCGCCCCUUGGCAGCCCUUUGCGUCAUGGGGACGUCUUGGAGAUAUGAUGUGUAUACUAGGAUGGUGCAGCAUGCGAAAACGCUCCGUCAUGUUCGACUUGUUUCAUCAUCAUCAUCCAAUGACUUCUCGUGUGAUUGUGUGGUUGUUACAUAGCUGGAACAUUUCUCACGGCCGUUGGAAAUGUAUGGCUGGCUGGGAGUUUGUAUGUAGUAUACGUACGUACAGAUCAAAAUAUCGUUCUGGACCUUUCGUUGCUUUUCUUCGGCCGACGCCUUGGUCGGGAUGGGUGGGUACAUGUACU